AUGAUGGUAUCUCGCUCAGCAACCUUCAUCGCCGGUGUUCUCGCCCUAGCCUUACCACUCACGGCCAACGGCUUUGUUGUCCCACCUCCAGACAAUCUCCAAGCCUUCCUCGAACGACCAGGGAACGUGAACCCAAGCUCCAACCCUAUUCCUACCGAAGAUGAAGCAGCCUUCACCCGCCCAUCGUGGUUCACGUCGGCCUUGAUGGCCCGCCGCCUCCUUGCUUUAUCCCCUUCCGGCGUCAUCUCGACCACCUUCCCCGAGUCACUCUCUGCACACGACCCCAAAGAUAUAGCCGGUCUCUCUAUCGGCCUUCGCGAAUAUAUUGCCGACUGUGAUAGCUCCCUGCCCUCAGAUCUAUCCCACGAUGACAACGGCGACCCAACAAUCCUUGGCCUCCGCAUUGGUACUACAUUCAAGAACAUUGCUGCCGGGUCGAACCUCAGUCUCCAACUGGACUGGUGGGAUCAUCUGAAUGAAGCUGGCCCAGUAUACCCUGGUUUGCCUUUAAGCGCGGCUGCUCUACCUCGCGUCACUCUAUUUGGAUAUUUGGAGCAUCUCCCUUCCCCACUUCCCCACGACGCUGCCGCCGCCCUCGAGAAGUGCUUCCUAGAACCACACCCGGAUGCAAAGGUCUGGCUACCAGGUGCUUCUUACUCUCCCCAUGCUAGUUUCUGGGCACGGCUGGUUGUUACCCAUGCGUACUGGAUUGGUGGAUUUGGCGAUGUGCAGCAGAUUGGGUGGCUUAAUCUCACAGAGUGGCAGGGGAUUCGUCCGCACGGCAGUGUAGAGGGCGUCGGCGAUGGCCGCGGAUGGCAGGAUAUUCGCUUGCCUGGGGAGAAGCUGUAA